GCAGGGUUUGUCCUUUGCCCUGACGUCAGAUCUGUCUUUAAUAAAAUCCCUGAAGAGCCAAGAGAAAAAGGCAGAUCUGCCGGAGGUAGGCUGCCAGUUAAGGAUUCCUCUUCAUUCCUAAAGUGGUGUUUCUGUUCAAAACGGCUCUUAAUCUGGGUUCAAUCAAUGUAUUUAAUCCUGGUUUCCAGUGAUGAGGUGGCUUCUGCCCUGGCUCCUAGCAGCAAGCAACAUUUUGCAGGCCAUCUCCCCGGACUCAGCCACCAUGCCCCCUGCUGUCACCCUGGUGACUGAGGGCUACACACGGACUCAGUACUGUAAGUGGCCAUGCGAGUGUCCCAAGUCGCCACCACGGUGUCCAGCAGGGGUCAGCCUGAUCACCGACGGCUGUGAGUGCUGCAAGGCAUGUGCCAAACAGAUCGGAGAGAACUGCACGGAGGCAGAUACCUGUGACUUCCACAGGGGCUUGUACUGUGACUACAGUGGAGACAGACCUAGGUACGAAAUAGGAGUAUGUGCACAAAUUGUGGGUGUGGGUUGUGUCCUUAAUGGAAUCCGGUAUAAGAAUGGAGAGACCUUCCAGCCCAAUUGCAAGUACAACUGCACAUGCAUUAAUGGAGCAGUGGGCUGUAUGACACUUUGCACCAAUUCACGUCCUCCCCUCAUCUGGUGCUCGAACCCAAAGCAAGUCAAGAUCGUAGGCCAGUGCUGUGAGCAGUGGAUCUGUGAUGACUCAAAGAAGAUCAGGAAGACAUCGCCGCGACACAUCUCGUCUGCAGCUUACAAAGGAGAGAAUGAAUCCUGGCAGAAGAACUGCAUCAUUCACACCUCCCCCUGGAGCCUCUGCUCGAAAACCUGUGGGAUGGGGAUCUCGACACGCAUUUCCAAUGACAACCACCAGUGCAGGUUCAUGAAAGAGAGUCGCCUCUGUAACAUGCGGCCCUGUGAGGUGGAUAUAACCAAACACAUUAAGCCUGGGAAGAAAUGCUUGGCCGUGUAUAGAGCAGAUGAACCAAUGAACUACACCAUAUCAGGCUGUGUGAGCAAAAGCACAUACAGGCCGAAAUACUGUGGUGUCUGUACAGACAACAGGUGUUGCAACCCAUACAAGUCGAAGACUAUUGAAGUGAGGUUCGAGUGCCCGGAUGAAACGGGAUUUUCCUGGAAAAUCAUGUGGAUCAAUGCCUGCUUUUGCAGCCUGACUUGCAAGAAUCCCAAUGACAUCUUCGCUGACUUGGCACAUUACCAUGAUUACUCUGAAAUAGCAAACUGAAGUGGUGGAAGGCUGGCGUGAGCUACUGCUCUGAUUUUACAGAGGUUUUAAAAUAGGCAAAUCUUUCAUCCAGUGCCAAAGUAACAUUUGUUUCCCAAAGUCAAGAUUAAGUCUUGUUUUGUUUCUCACUAUUUUUAGAGACUUUGAAGCAGGCAGGAUUUUCCGCUAUAGCAAACUUCCGUCCAUUAAUGAACGCCAGGGUUCCAGUUCGUUAUUAGCACCCAGCUGAUCAAAUGUCUCUAUUGAGUCAUGUUGCUCAGAUACCAUGACAGAAAUGACAUGCCUGUUGGCUGUUGUGCACCAUGGAUGGUGAGCAUGUUAAAAGAGCAUCAAAGAAAUGCAUUGUGCCAGCAGUUUAAUGCCCGAAAAGGAUUUAGAUUCCAGAAAAAUUAGCACACAUUAUUUCAGCAAUGAUGUAACUGCACUGUUGCUAUCAGUGGCUUAGGCAUGGGCAUAGACAAGGUUCAUGUACUGUCAUUCUUUGAGCUGCAAAAUAGGUAUUGAUUUUUCUUGUGUCAGUAAGGCCACAAUGUCAUGUCCUUUAUUAAGAUUCUGGGUCAAAUUUUGGUCUCGGUUAUAACAAUGUUAGGGCACAUCUAAACUACGAUUUUUUUUUUCAAAAGAGAGAAUGCAAAUUCUAUGGGAAUUUGCAUAUCUUC